AAGCCCAAGGACAUGAAAUAACCAUAGAGACUAAACGGAUCAAAUAUGUUCUCGAAUCCAGUGAGGAGAGUCUAGAAAACCACUCGUAUGGAGAUAUGCAGGAGGCAUGCGAUAUGGGAGGCUGCGGAAUAAAGUCCCGACCACGCCCGGUUAAACAUGAAAUCGAAAUGGAACCUGAUGUUAUAAAUGGUCAGCGGCCCCCGUACGUUAACAUUCUCCCAGAGAACAGGCCGUUUGUCGUGGUUAUAUCUUCCUCAGAAUGUGAGAAAAACUUUUGCGACCUGUUGGAAGAGUUCUUUGGAAUUUUUAAGGAUUUCAGAAAUGUUCGCUGUUUGGAUUUCAAUGAGGUGACUCCAGACACUGAGUACAAUGGGCGGCUGUACAUUGCAGCGGCCAAUGAGGAUACGAUGGACUGGGUGGCGGGCAACGUAUGCUCCAUGGAGACAUAUCAGGUCACCAGUCUCAUAGACUUCCUACACCUGACACCGGCCAAAGGUCGAGAAGUGGUUCCAAGCAAUUUUCGAGCUUCUGGAACAGCAGAAUGCUGAUAUUACGACGGAGAA